AUGACUCCACUUCUCAAAAAGAAACAAAACUUCUUUUCAAUAAGUUUUUUUACAGAAAACAUUAAAGCAACUGUCGCUUCUAUGAUUAUAAUGUUCUCCACUAUUAGUAGGCUAUUCUUAGAAGAGAAUAAUGAUAGUAGGUGGGCAGUAAAGCCUAUUGUAGUAAAGGACCAAGAUUAUGUUAACCAGACUCAAUAUACUAGGCAGGUUAUGAUAUCCUUCACAGCUGUGCAAGCCAAGCUUAAAAUGGUAAGUGAUUCUGUAAAAGACAUUAAAAAUACUAUCUCUACCUCCAAUACUUCAUCUUCUACUGAGAUAGACAAAUGCCAUACUAAAUUCUUAAAUCAAUAUAACCUACUUCAAAUUACUGAACCUGUUUUACUCAAAAAAUUCAUUCAACAUUUACAUUUAAAUAACUUUUUCAAUUCAAUAAAAAUAUUUAUAAACUUCAAAAAAACAGAAUCAUACAUUUACUUAAAAACUAUAGACCAAAUAUUACCUAAUCAUACAGAAAUAGACCUUUCUUUUUACAAUACAUAUAGUUAUUUACUAUUAUUAAUAUCUUUUAAUUGGACAAUUCCUAACAAAAACUUUACUAAUCUCUUUACAUCCAAUCUACCAAUCUAUUCAAACAAUUCUACAACACCUUCUCCUACUCUAUCAAUAAUUAUACCUGAAUAUACUUCUAUACUAAUUAAAAUUGGAUCAAUAAACAUAAAUGGUCUCUCUUAA